AUGGAGGCCGCGACGAAGUCGCUGACGACCUCCAUUAGUUUCACAGGUGUCUGGGAGUGCCUUCGGGGCUGGUGGACGCGGUCGAGCGAGAAGGACCUUCGCGAGGCAGAGGCCGCGCUUCUUAGAAGGGCGGUGUCCUCGAAGGUGAAGGUCACGGAGGUUCCAAUCUCCGACGAGCAUACCGUGCAUACGCUCUCUGUCUCGCAAGGGGCGAGGACGAGCGGGCUGGCGCCUGUGGUUCUAAUCCACGGCUACUUUAUGGGCUCAGGUUCAUGGGCUCACAGCUUGGAUGCCCUAGCCUCCACUGGCAGACAUGUCUACUCCAUCGACUGGCCGGGAUGGGGCCUCUCCUCGAAGCCUGACUUUCCCACGGGUGAGGGCACCCGCGUGUGCGAGCAGUUCUUCGUGGAGGGCAUCGAACGCUGGCGGCGGUCAGUUGGCUUGGAGCGCGUGGUCCUGCUGGGCCACAGCUUUGGAGGCUACUUCGCUGCCUGCUAUGCCAUGAAGCAUCCCGAGAACGUGGAGGCACUGAUUCUAGCAAGCCCUGUCGGCAUGGGUGAGAAGAGAGGCGAGCAAGGGCUGCUGAACCCUGAGAGACUUCAGUCGUUGCCUUGGUGGCAAAGGACCCUCAUCAGAACGGCCCAUGACAUGUGGUCGGGAGGCUGGACUCCCAUGGACAUCGUGCGCGGUCUGGGCCCGGCAGGGCUGUGGUUGGCACGUUGGUAUAUGGAUCGCCGGUUCCGCCUGCCUCGUGAGCUUGGGACCAUGGAGGCUGACAAAGAUGAAACCGCCGCCUACAUCCAUCAACUGGACGCCUGGUGUCAGUUUCAAUGUGAAGCACUCGGCAAGCCUUGCCUAUUCACAAUCCCCUUAACGUGCGAGAGCACAAGUUCUGGGAUUUGCAGAGGGUUGUCGUAG